CGAUGUGUUAGGUAAAACAAUCAAUAUAUUUGUUUUUAAACUUGUAUUUUCCAAGCUUUUGAAAACGCAAUUGAAAUAAAUGCACUUUUAUUCAGAAAAUUUUGAAACAUGAUUAUAUUAUACGCACUUAAUGACUAGGCGUAAAUAAUUAAUUGUUUUGAGAUGAAUUUAUGGAUUAGGAAAGCGAGAACUCUAAAGAAAACAUGGUAAUGGACAACAUAAUUAUCACAAAUGAAAAUUUGCAGUCGCUUAUGAUAAGAACGCUGCAGCGGCAAGCUGAUGACGAGGAAUUUCACAUUCAGAUGAAAAACACCCUGAUUUAUCUAACAACCACGAUAGACCGUUUUUUAAGGACAACUUCAAGUGAAACUCAAGACAAUUUUUCUACACCAAUUGCGAAGUUAUCUAAGUUUACAAUUACCGUAUCGAAAUCCAGUUUAAGUCAAUGCCAUUCAGAUGUGAAAAAUAAUUCUUUGGUGUCUCUGAACGGAAUUGAACGUAACGAAGCAUUUGAUACUUCUACCAAUUAUGCAUGUUCAUUGCAUUCAGAUUUACUCCUACAUGGAGCAUUUGGUAGAAAAAUAUUAUGUCAAAACAUUUCAAGCGAUAAAGCUACUCAAUACUACCCAAGCUCGUACAGUUUGACCGAGUCCAAACUUAUCCAGACCCAUUUCAUUAGUUUAGCGUUUUUCGAUAUUAAGGGAUUCAAGCUGAAUUUAUUACGACAUAUCAGAGCAUUGAAACAAGAUGUCGCAACUUUACGAGAGCUGCUUCCAUGCGUUGAAGAGUAUCAGAGCAGAAAUUGCUUUGAUGCCCGAAGUUUAGCAGAACCAAAAACUUACUUCUACCCAGACGAUGAGUUUGAGUUCAAGUUUAUUCAAGCGAAGACUCGAGCGACAAAUUUUGUUAAGUUUUACAAGCUGAGAAAGCUUUGUGUUUCGAAAAAAAGCAGCCGUAAGAGAAUUAAACAAAUUACUUGAGA